CAGCUGGUCAGGGGGUGCACCAGCGCUCUCCGGGUGGGAGGCAUGUGCACCCCCUGUGCGUUGCCAUGGGGGUCCAUCCUUUACAUUCACUGCUCUCCUCUUGCUCUGAUUGUUGUAGGAGCUGACGUUCGCUUUGGUGUGGACUGCACCAGACUGAAGGAAUUCUUUUCACCGGUAGAGAGAAGGUUUGAUCGUAUUUAUUUUAACUUCCCCCACUGUGGGAAGAAGUCGGGGGUGAAAAAGAACAGAGAGCUCCUCGCCAAAUUUUUCUGUAGCUGUGCAGAAGUGCUCACAGAGAAGGGGGAGGUUCAUGUGGUUCUUUGCAGAGGACAAGGCGGAACACCCGCUGACCAGCCAAUGAGAGAGUGGCACAACAGCUGGCAGGUCGUCGCCAUGGGAGCAGGAGCAGGAUUUAUCCUGAGUGAUGUUCAUCCUUUUGAGGUGGAGCACAUUCCUGGAUAUGAAUGCACAGGCUACAGGAGUCAAGACAAGUCUUUUUGUGUAGAAGGUGCCUUGAACCACAUCUUUACCCGGAGCUUGCCAUUUCCACACCCCAGCCCUUUGAUCUGUCAGAUUAAACUGGACAGCAAAUGCAUUUCUUUCCGGGUUCCUGAAAUAUUUGUAGAUAAAAUCAACAGGGGCUUCCUUGAUAUAAAUUCAGGUCAUCCUGUCAGAACAAUAAAUGAGAAGCUCAUGGCAGAGCUCAGCCAGACCUUUCCGCUGCAGCGGGUUGACUGUUCCCUACCUCUGUUGCACCAAGGCCUCCCCACCUCUUUUUCUCAUUCAGACAUCUUUUGGAUUGCUCCUGACGCAGAACAAAAUCCAAGCUCUGACCCAACAGGCAGUGGAACAGCAAGAACUCUCUCAUUUUCUGGCCUUAAUUUCUCCAAGGAUACAGACCAGAAUGAGUGUGUAAAGGUUCCUCAGAAAGGAGACCAGAUCUCACAGCAUUAUCAUCUUAGACCUUCCCUUCUGGCUGAUGUUCAGCCAGUAGCACAGAGCCUGGGCUUUCUUCCUGGCACUGUGUAUGUUCUCAGUGGGCUGGUCUUUAGGAAGUGUCUGAUCUCUCCACACACACUGCCAGUUUUUCAUGAGACCCUCUUUAUAUGCACGGUUAAUAAGGGCUCAGAGGGUCACUAUAUCCAAAUGCUUAUGGAUAGCAUUAAAAACUCCCUGUGUUCUCUGCUCCAGUCUGAUGCACACAUUACAUUGAAUUUGUCAGAGAUGGAAGUAGGAACCUAUGAAACAACAGAGCUGAAUGACUUUGUCACUUCCAAGCCUCAGCACAAUAAAAGUCAAUAUUUCAUCUGUGUAAAAACUGCUUCCUACCCCAGUGCCAAGGGCUCUUGUGUGGGAACCAUAGCAGCAGCUCCCAGUGGGCUAGUAAACAACGAUCUGGGCACUGUGUUUGCAUCUGUGAAUCUUGACCUCCUGGCCAUGCAGGUCUGUGGCAUUCCUGACUGGCGAAUGCUCUGGACCCUCGAUGAGCGUUUCCUGAAUCAAUUUGGUAAAGGAGAGUUAAGAUCUUUCAAGAGUUUUUCACUCUAUCCACCUUCCUAUGUGCAUGACGUCAGCUUCUGGGUUCCUGAGCCGGAGCAGUUUGAUGAGACUGCGUUUCACACUGUUGCUAGGCGGGUGUCACAGGAAACUGUUGUGUCCAUCCAGCUGCUUGAUACCUUUCAGCAUCCGCAGACGGGGCAGACCAGCCUCUGCUACAGACUGACUUUCCAGUCCUGUGACAAGGCUCUCACCCACCAGCAGGUGGCAGAGAUGCAGAUGCGGUUCAGGGAGGAGAUACAGCAGUGCUUGCAUGUAUUGCUUAGAUAAUUAUUAGACAUUCGUUAACAGCAACCUUAAUUUAUUUUGUUAGAAAUGUGGAUUCCAUGUUGUGUGAUCCCUUAAUACUGUGUGUUGUUGCUUUGUGUCGCCAAAUUAUGCCUUUUGUAAAGGCAGUAUAGAUUCAAUUUAAAAUGUGUUAUACACAUAACUUUAAUUCUGUAAUUGGAGAUAAUACAGUCUAGCUGCCUUCCCCUGAUCUGACUUGAAAUGUCAGGUCAUGGUUGGCUUUUAUUGUACCAGAUUUCUGUAAGCAAGAAUCACUCUGAGAUCCACCUUUCUUAUGCGUGCAAAGGUGGUUUAGAGGUAACAGUUUAGCUCAUUCAUUGUUACUUGAUUAUAUUCAUCCCAGAACAUUUAUUGAUGGAUCCUGUAUCAUUGAUCAUCAUAUCAGUCAAAAUAUGAAAAUGUAACGAUUACCAAUUGCUCCUGUAAAGUGUUUAAAUAAACUUUUUAUAUGACA